GUUUUGGAGUAUUGCGCUACUACGUUGUACCUGUCCUUCCUAGGACGUAAUUGUGAGUGAGACAUUCCUACUUUGUUAAUUAUCCCCAUGUGUUCAGCAGUUGAUCGUACCUCCGAUUUUAUACGUUCCGUUCAACUUAGUCGUUCUAAAUUGAAUGACUUUAAGCGUCAAGAUGAAUCAUCUUCUAAUCCACUUGGAAAUCACGUAAUGGAUCACACAUCUCUGGGGAUGCCUAAGGCUAAUUCCAAUGAUUCCGUAUUUGAAAACAAUAUUUCACACAAAAUUAAUGUUCCGAAUGGAUCUAUAAAGAAUCAAGAUCACUCUAACAAAAAAUCUACUGCUCUUAGUCAGCGUUCACAGUUUAUGAAAGCGGCUUCAGUCAUUAGUCAAGAUCUAACAAAUACAUUUUCUAAAUUGGAACAGUUGAAUGCAUUAGCUCGAAAGCAAACGCUGUUCGAUGACCAUAGUUCGGAAAUUCAACACUUAACAUAUGUUAUAAAAGAGUCUAUAGCGAACCUAAACAAUAGGAUUGCUAAUUUACAAGAAAUUUCGAAAUCUCAGGUAUCUGUCGGGAAACAACAAUCUACACACUCUCGUUCAGUACUAAUGGUUUUGCAAACGCAUCUCGCUAAAAUGUCUGAUCAAUUUCGAGGAGUGCUAGAAUACCGUUCUGAGAAUAUAAAGUCACAGAAUGCUCGUAAAAGCAAAUAUAGUUCAUUGGAUGACAAGUAUGAAUCAUCUGAAACAAUGUCAUCUGUAAAACCCCCACAUGUUGUUAUCCCGUCAGUUUUGUUAAAAGAUGAUGAACGUGCCAGAGAAGCUUUACUCAGUGAAAAACAAGGAAAUGAUGGAUUGAAUGGUUUAGGGAAUUUAGGACUAUCUACUCUAUCUGUAAACUCAAAUUUAGGACUUGCUCAAAAAUAUAUCAAUCCUGAUCAGACUGAUUCCUAUUUACAAUCUCGAUCAGAUGCAAUGCAAAGUAUUGAACAUACAAUUGUUGAACUGGGGCAAAUUUUUCAACAAUUAGCUACUAUGGUUCAUGAACAAGAUGAAUCAAUUCGUCGUAUCGAUGCUAAUGUUGAUGAUGCAGCAGUUUCAAUUGAAGCUGGUCAUUCAGAAUUAAUUCGUUAUUUUCGUUCAAUUAGUUCAAGUCGAUGGCUUAUGAUUAAAGUAUUCUUUGUUUUAAUUAUAUUUUUUGUAAUAUUUGUUGUAUUUUUUGCUUGAUUUUCUCUCUUUUCUUCUUUUUUUGUUGUUGAAUUUAUUAUCAUUAUAAUAAUAGAAUGUACGAAUAAACUGUAAGGAGAAACACACAUUGAAAUACCUCUCUUUACUAUCGAUUACUCAUAUUAAUGUGUUACACAAUCACACUAUUCUGUUUCAUUUUUGUAACUGAUCGUUUUAUAGUUACAAACACACACACACACAAACACAUAAAGUUUCAUACACAUCCCGUAUGUAUGUAAGUACAUAAAAGACAAUGGCAUAUAUGUCGUAUAUUUGAAAGAAAACAGAGAAAUGGGAAGAAACAACCUACUGGAAUUUCAAGUAGGUAAUUGUUUUUAUAAAUUCAUUUUGUUCUCAUUAAUUGAUAAAUGAAUAAAUAUUAAACUGUCUUUCAUCCAAUUUACUGACUAUAUAUAAUAAUAAGUAUGUUUCUCAUAUAGUCUGAUUAACUGUUGUGAAGUGGAUCAUUAUAGAUAAUUAAGUAAAGAGUUAUAAUGAAUGAUACAUUUUUUCCUUGUCUGGAUAUGUUUCAUUCAUUCUUUCUUUAUACUCUGAUCGUUUUCUUUUAUCUCUAUAUUCCUUUUUUUUUGUAAUUCUAUCUGUAUCAUUGAUGCUGUAUUCCCUCUCUCUCUCUCUCUCUCUC